AUGUGGACCGGUGGCGUGCUGAUAGGCGUUAAGAAGCACCUGCGAUCAAGGAACUUCGAGUCCUUUCGACUGCCGAAUACAACCGUACCAACGCACUACAAUGUGUUCUUGGAUAGUAACAUUCAUCUGAAUGACUUCGCCUACACCGGAAGCGUCCAAAUCCAGUUGACUGUUAUGGAGAAUACACGGCAAAUUGUGCUGCACAGUUCACGGAACCGAAUCAUCAAUGUGCAAUUGUAUAAUUCAAACCAGCUACCGGUGGUGAUAGACAGUGUCGAAGAGGACAGCGAAAAGGAGUUUUUAGUUAUCAAUACUAGUACCACUCUGACGCAGUUUUCCAACUUUCGAUUGGUUGUGGCAUUUUCCGGUAGUCUUCGGGACGAUAUGCUCGGUUUCUAUCGGUCAUCCUACGUCGAUGCUGAAGGAAUUGUUAGGUACCUUGCAGUAACUCAGUUUGAAGCGAGCAACGCUCGGAGUGCCUUCCCUUGCUUUGAUGAGCCAGGUAUUAGAGCUACGUUUUCGAUUAGCAUUGGCUGUGGAUGGAGUUACGAAGCGACGUCCAAUAUGCCGAUAAUGGGAACAACGAUUCUACCAAACGAGAAAAAAGUAAUAAAUUUCGAAGUGACCCCGCGUAUGCCAGCCUAUCUGGUUGCAUUUAUGGUAAGUGAUUUCAUCAGCAAUCGAACUACGCUCCUGGAACCAACGUUGCUGGAUAUGGGGAUUUUCGCACGGCCAACAGUUGCUUCCGGUGAGUUAGAGCUGGGUCUGCAGAUAGGGGCCAAAGCAAUUCGAGCAAUCGAAAAAUACUUCGAUCGUACCUACGACCUGCCAAAAUUGGAUCAGGUGGCCGUUCCUGAUUUCUAUUUUGGUGCCAUGGAGAAUUGGGGCUUGGUAAAGUACGCCGAACCGUAUUUACUUUUUAAUGAGGAAACCGCAACCAACCGGCAGAAGGAAAAUGUCAUCACCAUAAUCACUCACGAGUUUGUUCAUCAGUUUUUCGGUAAUCUUGUUACUCCACGUUGGUGGACGGAUAUUUUCCUUAGCGAGGGCUUCGCAACACUGUAUCAGUAUUACAUCGGAGCUGAGAUUGAACCCACAAUACGGUACAAAGAGAUGUUCCCUGUGGAAGCUUUGCAGACAGCUUUGUAUGUGGACAGUUGGUCAUCCACCAGACCUCUUUCGUACUACGUGGAAAACGAUCCGAUGUCACAGUUCGAUGUUAUAGCUUAUCAGAAAGGUGCCAGCGUGUUUCGAAUGAUGAAUUAUGUUCUGGGAGAAUCCACUUUCCAGAGCGGUGUUCGACGAUAUCUGGAAGUGAACAAGGACAGCGCAGUGGAUCCGCUCGAUUUAUUCGACAGUCUACAGUAUGCAGCACAAAAUGCUGAAGCACUGCCGAUUAACAAAACCGUGGAAAUGGUUAUGAGUCCCUGGGUGUAUCAGUCGGGUUAUCCUCUAGUGACAGUGCUGUACUCUAACGAUAAGUUUACUUUUGAGCAGAAACAUUUUUCAGAGGAACCCGAUUCCGAGCGAACUUGGUGGAUUCCGCUUAGCUUUGUGUUAAGUAUUGAGCCAGAUCGGGAUGAAACGCAAACUGUUGCCUGGAUUCCGCAGGACAGUAAGUAUUGGGAAAUAACAUGGAGUAUUCCCGACGAUGCUUACUUACUGGUAAAUCCACAUCAAACCGGAUAUUAUCGAGUGAAUUACGACAGCAAUCUGUGGAAUCGAUUGAUCAACCAACUGCGCAAGAAUCAUACCGUCAUUCCGCCGGUUUCAAGAGCACAACUGAUCGACGAUUCGUUUAAAUUGGUACAAGCUGGAAUGCUCAACUUGAAUACCAGCUUCGAACUUUUCCAAUAUCUGGCAGCGGAAGAAGACUACAUUCCGUGGUUUACAGCGUUUGCGACGGACAACCUACAGUACAUCAACGAUGGUUUAGUGGCUGACGAGGACGGCUACCGGGCGUUUCAGAAUUUCCUGCUUCAUCUAACUGACAAGCUCUACCGGCGGGUAGGAUUUGAGGAAAUCCCAGACGAACCACACGAAUAUCAACGUCUGAGGACAAUGGCAGUCGAGUGGCAUUGCCGCAUGGGAUCGGCCGCUUGCCGGGGCACUGCAGAACAGCUCUUGAUCCAGGAGUUGAUAAACUCUGAACCAGUUUCUGCCUACAUGAAACACACCGUCUAUUGUGGUGGGCUUAUGGGAAACGGUACAGCUUUGGUUUUUAACGACGUGCUGGAACUCUACCGGGCUUCCACUGAUGCGGCCGAACGGGCGAUUUAUCUCUCUGCUCUUGGGUGCGCUGAAAAUGAGGAAAUGUUAGAAAUCUAUUUAUCGAUCACAUUGGAUGGCGUAUACGAAGACUGGUGGAGAAUUUACCGAUCGGUAUACUCUAGAACCAACUUCGGCUUUGAGGUGUUCGUUAACUGGCUUAAUGAAAAUCUUGCCAGAGUCGCAGAACUAUAUGGUGAUCAGGAAGAGCUCGUUGCGAUUAUGCUAGACGCUCAGUCGAGGGUGGACUCGAUAGGCAAAUUUGAGGAGCUUAUUGGAUUGUUGCAACAGUUUGAAACUCUUGACCACGCCAAACAAAAAUAA